GCAGCAGCAUGGAGUGGGGUUACCUGUUGGAAAUGACCUCGCUGCUGGCCGCCUUGGCGCUGCUGCAACGCUCGAGCGGCGCGGCGGCCGCCUCGGCCAAGGAACUGGCGUGCCAGGAGAUCACCGUGCCGCUCUGCAAGGGCAUCGGCUACAACUACACCUACAUGCCCAACCAGUUCAACCACGACACGCAGGACGAGGCGGGCCUGGAGGUGCACCAGUUCUGGCCGCUGGUGGAGAUCCAGUGCUCGCCCGACCUCAAGUUCUUCUUGUGCAGCAUGUACACGCCCAUCUGCCUGGAGGACUACAAGAAGCCGCUGCCCCCGUGCCGCUCGGUGUGCGAGCGCGCCAAGGCGGGCUGCGCGCCCCUCAUGCGCCAGUACGGCUUCGCCUGGCCCGAUCGCAUGCGCUGCGACAGGCUGCCGGAGCAGGGCAACCCGGACACGCUGUGCAUGGACUACAACCGCACCGACCUCACCACGGCCGCGCCCAGCCCGCCGCGCCGCCUGCCGCCGCCGCCUCCCGGCGAGCAGCCGCCCUCGGGCAGCGGCCACGGGCGCCCGCCCGGGGCUCGGCCCCCAUCCCGGGGCCGGGGCGGCGGCGGAGGCAGCGGCGGCGGCGGGGACGCGGCGGGGACCCCCGCGCGCGGUGGAGGCGGCGGGAAGGCGCGUCCCCCUGGCGGCGGCUCCGCGCCCUGCGAGCCGGGCUGCCAGUGCCGCGCGCCCAUGGUGAGCGUGUCCAGCGAGCGACACCCGCUGUACAACCGCGUCAAGACGGGCCAGAUCGCCAACUGCGCGCUGCCCUGCCACAACCCGUUCUUCAGCCAGGACGAGCGCGCCUUCACCGUCUUCUGGAUCGGCCUGUGGUCCGUGCUGUGCUUCGUGUCCACCUUCGCCACCGUGUCCACCUUCCUCAUCGACAUGGAGCGCUUCAAGUACCCCGAGCGGCCCAUCAUCUUCCUGUCGGCCUGCUACCUCUUCGUGUCGGUGGGCUACCUGGUGCGCCUGGUGGCGGGCCACGAGAAGGUGGCCUGCAGCGGCGGCGCGCCGGGCACGGGCACCGCGGGAGGCGCAGCGGCUGCAGCGGCGGCGGGCACGGCGGGCGCCGCAGGGGCGGGCGCCGGGGGUCCCGGGGGGCGCGGGGACUACGAGGAAUUGGGCGGCGUGGAGCAACACGUGCGUUAUGAGACCACCGGGCCGGCGCUUUGCACCGUGGUCUUCUUGCUCGUCUACUUCUUCGGCAUGGCCAGCUCCAUCUGGUGGGUGAUCCUGUCGCUCACCUGGUUCCUGGCGGCGGGCAUGAAGUGGGGCAACGAGGCCAUCGCGGGCUACUCGCAGUAUUUCCACCUGGCCGCGUGGCUCGUGCCCAGCGUCAAGUCCAUCGCCGUGCUGGCGCUCAGCUCGGUGGACGGCGACCCGGUGGCGGGCAUCUGUUACGUGGGCAACCAGAGCCUCGACAACCUGCGCGGCUUCGUGCUGGCGCCGCUCGUCAUCUACCUCUUCAUCGGCACCAUGUUCCUGCUGGCCGGCUUCGUGUCGCUCUUUCGCAUCCGCUCCGUCAUCAAGCAGCAGGGCGGCCCCACCAAGACGCACAAGUUGGAGAAGCUCAUGAUCCGCCUGGGCCUCUUCACGGUGCUCUACACCGUGCCCGCCGCCGUCGUGGUGGCCUGUCUCUUCUACGAGCAGCACAACCGCCCGCGCUGGGAGGCCACGCACAACUGCCCGUGCCUGCGGGAUUUGCAGCCCGACCAGGCCCGCCGGCCCGACUACGCGGUGUUCAUGCUCAAGUACUUCAUGUGCCUGGUGGUGGGCAUCACGUCGGGCGUGUGGGUCUGGUCGGGCAAGACGCUCGAGUCGUGGCGGGCCCUGUGCACCCGCUGUUGCUGGGCCAGCAAGGGCGCCGUGGCGGCGGGGGGCGCGGGGGGCGCGGGCGCGGCGGGCGUGGCGGGCGGGCCGGGCGGCGGGGGCGGCCUGGGCGCGGGUGGGGGCGGAGGCGGGGGUCCCGGCGGCGGGGCGGGCUCCCUCUACAGCGACGUCAGCACCGGCUUGACGUGGCGCUCGGGCACGGCCAGCUCCGUGUCUUACCCCAAGCAGAUGCCCUUAUCCCAGGUCUGA